AUGGCGGCCUUGAUCAUCUUUGCGAUGAUAUUUUUGCUACUCGUGGUGGUCGGGGUAAUCGUUGCGCUCGUAUAUUUUACGUCCACCACUGACGACACGACCACAGCCAUAACCGAAACAACGACUACGGGCAGCACCAACACGGCCGCAGACUCUACUACUACUACUACUACUACUACUACUGGAGCCCUGACUAACCGAUCAUGUACUACUACUAGUGGUGGGAGCGGCAAUCGUCGAAUGCCGCGCCUUGGGCUCGGUGUGUACGCCGGACAAGAAGCCAGGGAACUGGAUGUGGGCUUUGAGUGGAGAUACUACACCAUGGCCGAGCUCAGCAGCCCCACCACCAGGGGCGAGUACAACUGGACGACCCUGGAAAAGGAUCUAGCUGGCGCCAAGUCCCGUGGCCGGCCAAUGGUCGUGCGGAUCCAGGACCAGAGUGGCACCAACUCUGGUGACGACCAAAAGUCUUUACUGCCCCCGUUCGUGAACCAGCCGAAGAAGCAGUUUGAGCUCGACUUUUUCACGGCGUUCGCGGCCAAGUUCGAUAAGGACACGCGGAUAGCGUACCUGCAAACGGGCUGGGGGUUCUGGAGCGAGAGCCACCUGUACCACGACGGCACCGACUAUAUCAAGCACGGGGUCAACUAUCCUUCGAAAGAGUACCAGGCCAAGUUUGUGGACCACCUGGCCGGCCUGUUCAAGUAUCUGACGUUUUCGUUCAGCAUUGACGGCGCGCUCAGCGGAUUGCCCCUGGACGAUCUCAGGUACGGGCAGCUCAACUUUGCCGAGCGCAACAAGACCCGGCCCAGCGGCGGCGAGUUCCCCGACUCGAUCAAGACGCCGUUUGGGGAUGCGGCGCUCCUGGAUCGCGUCAAAAAGUACAAUGUGCAGUACGUGUUUGCGAACCAGCAGCGCGAGUACCCGAACUGGGACCAGUCCGUGGCGGCCGUGAUGCAGGCAUGA